AUAAAUUCUACAUUGGUGAGCCCAACUAAAGAAACGCAACCCAUUACUGUUAAUCCUUAUUUCCACAUUAACCUUCUCAAUCGGUUUUUAUUUUUGUAAACCCAGUAUUCGUAUAGUCCUUUGAUUAAUGGUCACAUAUAUUAUCGUAAUGUUAUAUCUGUUAGUUCACAUAACUUACUAGCUCAAUCGAUAAUAAAAGUUGAUCAUCUAUAUCAACUAAUUAGCUUUGAUGUUUCGUUAACAAGCUUUAAUAGCAUUUACAUGCUUCAGCGACAUAGACUUGUUUAAACAUCAAGCUCUAGCAAAUAUGACCUGUCAAUAGCGUAAAUAUACAUUGACUAACAAUGCAAUCAAGGAUUGAAUAGUUAUCUGGAUCUAAUCCUCAGUGUUCCUUCACUUAACACCUCAUCCUGUUUUAAACUAUGCACUAUCCUGUAAUAUCUUUUCUUCCGACCACUGCCUGCCUAAUUUCAUAUUCUCGAGUUCCAUUGCCAAACAACAAGGAUGACACCUCUCCAAAAACAUACGAUGGCUCGUUCAAUAACAACCACACAAUUAUCUGGAUUCAUUCGAUUGUUCUGAUCACAGCGAGUCCCAAAAACCUCAACAUCAUCAAGCACCCUGGAAGUGAUUGCCAUACUGCAUGUUUUAUUCUGGAUACUUUUGGAUCAUUACUGCUCCUUACGAAUGGCGUUAUAUAUGUCGUCCACUGAAUAAUCUAAUUUUCAAAAAUAAUCCAGGCGAGUUCAACUAUUUUACUUAAUGAUUUUUUGUACUUAACAUGUAUAUGUUUUCCAGUUGCUCUUGCCAUAUAUUUGUAAGUGUCCGUAGGCUAAAUGCGGUUCAUAACGCAUCAUAUUUCUGCCUGAAGUUUCACAAGCAGUCUUAACUUUGAAAUUAUUUUUCUGGUCAUCUUCAUUAUUUUUAAAUCGUCAUAUACGUCAACAACCUGCUUGUCAACCUGGCCCAUACAUACGUUACACUAUAUCUUCAUGUUUUCUAAAUUUAGGAAUCAUCUGAAUCGCCUUUAACAUUAAUCAAUAAACCCAUCAUAGUCGUUGUUGCUAAUCGUAUUUGGGUUUAUGAAUUGGUUUAUCAUAUUACCAGUCUAAAAUGCGAACAUAGUUUAGAUAAUAAGAUUGAAAAUUUAGGUACUAUCAACUGCACUAGCAAAAUAACUAAGUCCCCAGGUAGCUGUUGGCUAAACAAACGUUUAAAAUCAAAACUCCGGAGCCAACUAAAAUUAACAAGUGACGAAUAUUUUCGAAUUGAAAUUUAUAAUAUAAUUAGGCGUCUCGGAUUCUUUAACGUUAUAAAUUUCUGAUAAUUUUGAAUCACUUAAAGCAACAAUACCUAUUUUUCCAAUGACUAAUCCUCAAUCAACACUAUAACUAGUUAAAUUUAAUAGUUUCAGGAUAUCGUCAUAAAGCAUUGUCAUAACUUGACAACCACGUAAUAUGACUGAUAAAAUUAAUGAAACUAUUAACAAAAUCGGUCAGCAAAUUGACUUACAAUAAUCACUAGUGUUGUUUUCUUGGUAUCUUCAUUCGCUACAGAUGAUUACAGUAUGUUUCUCUAUCAGUUGCUUAUCCAGCAAACAUCUCAACCUUGUAAGCCCCAUGAACCAACACAAAACUAUACACAACAGAAACACCUCUCCUGGCAACAAUAACAGGCAUUCCUUCAUCCCUUACCAGAAACAUACAACCUCCCCAACUGACCACAAUAGGACUAAAAUUGCCCACCGCACACGAGGAAGCCAUAACGCUGGCCUACUUGGGAACCCACCUACAGAUUCUAGGUACUAUCCAAGUCAAGCCACCCAAUACAACGGUUUAGUCCCCCCUAAUUCGACAUGCACACUAUCUCAUCCUUUUUUAUCUCUCUCCCCCUCAACAUUACUGCUAUGGGGUCUCCAAAUGUUGAGGGCGACAAUCCCACUAUUCUGAAACCAUCUAUAUACUCCGAUUUAAUGGGGAGUAGCACAUCCUACUCAACUUCGAUAACUGUUUCUAGUCUUGAAAACUCCUUGACUGAACCCCCUGAUCAUUCCCCGGACACAUUACCUAAUCAUUCGACUCUACCUUCCACUCUUAGACAUACUUCUUUCACCAAAACCACACCCGACUACCCUUCUUGCAUUAACCCUAAUGGUAAUAAACUAAACACUCAUCAAUAUGGAGUCAACGCUCCCAAUUCUUCCUUUUCUCAGGGCAAAACAGACAAACCACUCGGUUUACAUCAUACCCUUCUACUAGACAAACAGUCACCGUACCUGACACUUAUGUUAAUCAACGCUAGAUCUGUACAAAGUAAGAUGACUUACCUACGCACCCUAUUGCUUUUAAACAACCCCUCACUUGUUUUGAUAACGGAAAGUUGGCUGUCCUCCGAUACCACAGACACAUUUCUACAAAUAGACACCUAUGAGCUCUUCCGCUGUGAUCGAGUCACCAAGAAGGGUGGUGGUUGUCUCGUCUAUGUAUCAAAAAAUUUGAGAGCGGAAACCUAUAGCGACCACGUCCUCAGCAAACUUCCUGAAUCGAUAUGGCUUACUGUGCACACUCAUGAAUGUAAAAUACUAAUCGGAUGCAUAUAUCGAGCUCCUAACACCCCUAGUUCAACUGACACUAUUAUAAGUGAGUCAUUUGCUCAGGCUGCCUCGCUUGACUUCACAUACAAAAUUGUAUGUGGUGAUUUCAACCUUCCCACCAUCAACUGGAAGACACAUUCUGGCCCAUUGUGCUUUGAAAGCAUACUUAGGUCCUUAGACAUACACGGCUGGCAACAACAUGUACACCUGCCUACACGAAAUCACAACAUUCUUGACUUGAUAUUCUGUCAUAGUGUCACACCAACAUCAAUGGUGGUUAGCGAAAAGUUUCACAACAGCGAUCAUAAAAUAGUCCUCUGCACCCUUCCGAUUCUUGCCAUAUGCAACAAAUUAAAGACAUUAAAAACGCGAUUCCAAUAUAGAGACUAUGCAAACGCUGACUGGGAAAACUUUCGAUUUCUAAUAAAGCACUCUGACUGGGGCAGUUUCUUUACCAGUAAUAACCUCUUAGAAACAUUAGAAAUAUUCAAUAUCACCACCAAAUCUGCACUAGACACCACUAUACCCUCUAAAAUUGGUUUUAAAACAGUUACUCCCUAUAUAAACCAAAAGACUAGGUCUAAACUGAGAAAACUGAAAAGGAUGUACUAUAUAUCAAAAGACUUCAGUGCCCUGCACCAGAUAUACUCUGUACUUGACGGAGUACAAAGUCAACACAACAAGCAUAAACAGGUAGAGGAACGUACUGCGCUCGCUGCUGCAUCUAAAGCCCAAGCCCUAUGUCGUCUCCUCACGAAACGCAUAAGAAAGAACACAGACAACAACAUUCACUCCUUACUGCACGAUGGAGUAACGUAUAAUGACCAAACCGUCAUAUGUGAACUAUUAAGUGAAUGGUUUUCUCACAAUGGGAAUACAUCUGAUGCCCCAGAUAUCGACAUAAAGUGCACCGGCAAAAACUAUCUUAGUACCAUAAACUUCGACAUUAUGAGUAUACAUACCGCCAUUAAAACCCUUAAACCAAAUGCGAGUUCUGGUGCCGAUGACAUCCCUUCAAUCGUUUAUAAAAUGUCAGGGCCGGACAUACAGACGCUACUACUCAAAAUAUACACAUUAUCUUUAGAGACAGGUACAUAUCCGGAAACCUGGAAGGUAACGUAUGUUCUACCCAAACACAAAUCCGGACCGAGAAACCUGGUAGAAAACUACAGACCUAUAAAUAUCACUCCAGUCAUAUCACGCAUAAUGGAAAAAGUGAUACAAAAUCAACUAUCUGAUCACCUACUCAAGGAAGAUCUAAUAGACCCGUCACAACACGGCUUCAUUAGAACAAGGUCGUGCAGUACAUGCCUGAUAGACUUCUUUAACGAGGUUACUCGUAUGCGUGACCAGAAGAAACUAGUUAUUAUACUAUACUUCGAUAUUAAGAAAGCCUUUGAUAAAGUACCUCAUAAUCUUCUAAUCAACAGACUGAAGUCAGUUGGAAUUAUAAAUCCCCUUUUGCAAUGGAUCAAGUCUUUUCUUACGAACAGAUAUCAAAUAACCAAGAUUAACUCUAAUACAUCUACACCUCGACCGAUAACCAGUGGUGUUGUGCAGGGUAGUGUCUUGGGUCCAUUGCUCUUUAUGAUCUACAUCAACAAUAUAUGCAGGUGUUUCAGCACAGGUAAGACCUACCUCUAUGCCGAUGACUUAAAAGUCAUCUAUAAAACUGACAUUUGCGAUUUACGCAGUACUAUGCAAACAAUCCAACAUGAACUCAACAUGGUAGAUGACUGGUGCAAACGCUGGAGGUUAGAGCUCAACAUAGAGAAAUGCGGCUGGUUAUGUAUAGGAGACACGUCUCUUAAAAUGAAACUAACAAUUAGCGAUCACGCACUCCCCAGACUGGCAUCAGUAACUGACCUAGGGGUACAUUAUCCACACAGUCUUAAUUUCUCUGAACACAUCUCAGCCAAAGCAUCCAAAAUGCGGAAAUUGCUUGGCUUCAUUCUCCGUAAUUUCUAUCAAAAUGAAUCUAAAAUCCUUCUUUACAAAGUUUGUGUAAGACCUAUCGUUGAAUACUGCUCGUUCUUAUUUUCCAACCUACGUCUAUCUGAUAUACUAAAGGUGGAAGGAAUACAACGAGACUUCACCCGCAAAAUACUUAAGACUGGCUCGGUCAUUGACUACAGUUCUCGAUGCCAAAUCUUAGGAAUAGCACCCCUUUGGGAGAGAAGGCUUAGGUCUAAUUUGAUUCUCUACUUCAAACUACUCAAAAACCUUACUUACUCAACAUGUCAGAUAAUUCUUGCCCGAGAUUCACAUGAAUACGAACUUCGAAACAAAGUAUCUACGGUCAAAGUUGAGAAAUACAGAUCAAAAACUCGGGAAAACUUCUUCCUCACCAAGUAUGCAAUAAUAUGGAACAGUCUUCCCCCCGAGACUCGCAUGGCAGAUGAACUACAUACGUUUGUGAAACUGCUUGAUCAAGCCCUCACUCGCACUGAUCUUGCACGUACGAACACAUCUGCACCCCACUCAGACAUCAUAGGCUCUCUCCAUGUCUAGACCAAAAUGGACUUCAAGUUCAGUUUGCCUUAUUUUUCCUACUUUGCAGUUGUAUUAAUUACUUUUUCCACCCCAUUUCUUCACUUGAAGUAGACAGGUAACUCACUGGACCUAUCAUUACUGUCAAACUAAACUCGGUCGAUAAGGGACAAUCACUACCACCCUAAAAAGUCAAGAGGACCGCAUAAUCGGCUGCCUACUACCAGUGGUCUUGAAUCUAUGGAACCUGUUACCAAUCAACUGGUUAAGACAACAGAAAAUAACAUCAGCACCAAGUUACUGUGAGUUCCUUCCUGUUUAUCCUGUAUUAACUUUUUACUCUUCCGUACACUAUGUUGACUAGCAAUUAAUAUUAUUUCUCCACUCGUUCCCUUACCCAAAACUCAUACUUCUAUACUUCUUCCGCCUGCUUAAAUAAACAACUAUCCUACAAUAUACCCUUCUUAACGCUUAUACUCUGUUUGGCAAACUAUACUUUAUACUAUAGUCAACAGAGGCACUGCAUCGAUGCUUUACCCACAGUCCACAGCUUGUAACUGCCUGAUAAGCUUGUAAAAUGGUACUUAUAGAAAUAGUGCUUUCCAACAAGUUGUGAAACAGAGGAUUGUGUGAGGUAUGACGUAUAUACAAAAAUAAGCUUAAAUGAGCCUAACAUCACAAAAGGAGGGAGGGUGGAGUUACUGACCAGCAAGCAUUGAUGGUGAGGGCGAUAACUUCAAUCCACCCGUGUUUGUGGGGACAGAACAUUUUGUAUGUAUCAGGCUCUUUAUAAUUGAGAAUAAGACAGUCAAUCUAAGAUAUAGAUUGUCUUCCUACGCUCACCACUCAGACUCAUGUUUCCAAUAAUAUGCUGGAUUAGCUAUUCUACUAAGACAACCUAUAACAUGCUAACUCAGACUUUUACACUAGGAUUGCGUGGCUGACAUCGGAUGGACAAAAAAAGAAAAGAAAAAAGACAAUAAAAGAUAUAGUCA